AUGGAGGGUUUCCGGUUUGCGUUUGACCAGUUGUUGCUGCACGUGUAUGUGGACCGUGUGCGGGAGUUACUGAACGUGCAGUUCAAGUCUGAAGCGCAGAGUCGAGUGUUACGAAUUGACUUGGCGGCGGUGAAGAGUGGUACGUGGGUGCGGGUGGAGGACAGUGAGCGGCGUCGGUACUGCGAGGAAUUGUACGGUCAGAUGGUUUCGCGACCGUUGACGUAUUUGCCGGUGAUGGAGUACGCGGUGAAAGAGGUGUUGGUAUUACAGGAGUUGGCGCUGCAGAGUCUGCCUCCGGCGGCGGGUGAGGCGUACAGUCACUGGCAAGAGCCACGCGAGACGACGGAUUUGGUGAACGCUUCAACAGUUUUGAAUCACAUUCCGCAGGCGGCCGCGCUGCGAUUAGAAACGUUUGGGGUGUUUGUUGAACUGGAUGGCGUUCCGACCGUUACACCUCUGCGAAAGUUCUCCGUAACACUCAUGGACCACGUUGUGUGUACAUCGGGCAUCGUCAUCCAGGCCAGCCGGCCUUGCCUGAAGGCGACGGCCGUAACUGUGCACUGUAAGGACUGCGGACACACUAAGGUCGUUAAGAUCCCGAUGUGGCGUGCCGCAGCCAGUCUUCCGCGUCAGUGCGAAGGCGGCGUAGCCGUCGCCGCCGCCGCGGGUGAGCGUACGUGUUCGUUGGACCCGUACGUGGUGGACAGCGAAAGUUGUCAGUACGUGGAUGUGCAGAAGGUGAAGUUGCAGGAGCUACCGGACGACGUGCCGACGGGUGAGAUGCCGAAGCAUGUGAACGUGAACGUGUGCGGGCCGUUGGUAGGCCGUGCGACGCCAGGGCAUCGAGUGCUGCUGACAGGUGUGUACACGAGUGUGGAUCGACCGGGGAAGAAGGACGGUCGGGAGGCGGUGAGUGUAACUUACGUGCACGCGUUGGGGUUGACGAAGUUGGCGUUGGGGAGUUGCCGAGGUGGGGAAUAUUUGCCAGCAGGGAUUGGAUUCAGUUGCAGCGACACGGACGAGUUUUAUCGAUUGGCUCAGGACCCGCAGAUUGUGCAGAAGAUUGUGGCAUCAAUUGCACCAGGUAUCCACGGCUUGGAGGACAUCAAGUUAUCGGUGGCAUGCAUGUUGUUUGGCGGCAGUCGUAAGCCGCUGCCGGAUGGAGGUAGUAUUCGUGGUGACAUUCACGUGUUAUUGUUAGGCGACCCAUCAACGGCGAAGAGCCAGUUAUUAAAGUACGUUAGCCAGGUGGCGCCAGUGAGCGUUUAUACGUCGGGCAAAGGCAGUUCGGCGGCCGGACUCACAGCUGCGCUUGUGCGUGAUUCGCACGGGAACUUCGCUCUCGAAGGAGGCGCCAUGGUCCUUGCGGACGGUGGCGUCGUUUGCAUCGAUGAGUUCGACAAAAUGCGGGACGAAGAUCGCGUCGCCAUCCAUGAAGCCAUGGAACAACAGACCAUCAGCAUCGCUAAGGCAGGAAUUACGUGCAUGCUGGCUACCGAAUGUUCCGUGCUAGCGGCUGCAAACCCCACGUUCGGUACCUAUGAUGAUUCUAAGGAUGCCUCCGAUCAACAUAAUUUCGAGACCACCAUUCUUAGCCGCUUCGAUGCCAUCUGGCUGGUGCGCGACCAACGCGAUGAAAACCUCGAUCGCCGCAUCGCACAACAUGUCUUCCGUCUGCACGCUAACCACGAUGGCCAAACCGGACACACAGGGGCAGGGAGAGAUGGACAUGUACCCAUACCCACCCUGCUGUUACGAAAGUACUUGUCAUACUGCCGCACCAAGUGCUACCCUGCACUCUCACCCACUGCCGCGAAAAUGCUCGAAAACUUUUACGUUGAAGUCCGCGCCGACGCCAAACGCUCUACCAAAACCAGAUCCCAGAUACCCAUCACCGUCCGCCAACUUGAAUCUAUUGUCCGACUCUCCGAAGCAUUCGCUAAAAUGGCACUCAGUCCACACGUCGAAGAACGACACGUCGCAGAAGCUAUCCGUCUUUUCAAAAUGAGCACUGUCGCCACCAACUCCGCCUCCGUCGCUAACGCCUAUCAGGCACUCGGUCCUGAAUCCGUCGCACCACAAGACAUCAAAAACUGCGAACGAGCACUCCUACAAAGACUGCCCCUCAACAGCAGAUGCACCUCCAACGUUAUCGUCACCGACCUCAAACUUCGCGGAUUCUCAAACCAAGUCAUAGGCAAAACACUAAGCGUACUCAUACAAAAACAAGUACUGGAAGAACGCGCAGACGGACACAUGAAACGUAUCGCCGUUGGCAACCUCUGA